AUGCACCCUGAUGAGAGAGCUAAUAGUACUGGCUCUUCUUCAAAAAAUCCUCAUAUAGUACAGAUGAUUCAUGACACUGGUUUAUGUGAUCUAGGGUUUCAUGGUAGUCCAUACACUUGGACUAGUGGAAAAAAUGGUACUGGUAGAAUCAAGUCUAGAUCAGCUGCUUUCAGAUUGGAUAAAGAAUUAAACACAACUAGGAGAGACUUGUCUAAAUGGAACAAAGAACAUUUUGGUAAUAUACAUGAUAUUGUUAAACGCCUACAAGAUGAACUAACCUCUUUGAAGCAGUUACCAACAAGUGCAGACACUACUUCUCAAAUUAGAAAAGUAGAAAAUGACAUUAAUGAAUGGUAUGCAAGAGAAGAGGAGUUUUAUAGGCAGCAGUCAAGAGAUCUUAUGUUUCAUGAGAUUGACCAGAACACCAAAUACUUCCAUCAGCAAACAAACAGGAGGAAAUUGAGGAAUCGUAUUGAGUCGUUACUUAAACCAAAUGGCAGUUGGUGCUCAGGCAUGGAUAAUCUAGAAUAA